AUGGAAAAUGUUUCAAACGUCACCUCGUUCGAUCAGGCUCUUACCAAUUAUGUAUCGUCGACCUAUGUGACGUCCAAAUAUGUCGACUCUCUAGGCUGCAAAGGUCUGAAUGACAGCGCAUUAAACGACUACUACGCUCAAUAUACUAUCAGUGUUCUCUGCAGUAGCAUCAUCCAGAGCUCAAUUGAUGAUUGCGACUUGUCUUCUAGUCAAUCAGAACCGGUGUGCGCGGAUACGUGCGCGCUUAUGGCGACCAGCGAGGAGGAGAUCCUCGUCAACUCAGAUCUCUGCACGAGUACCAGCAAGAACUACAUGGCCCAAAUUCGAUCCGACUUCACCAUCUGCGCGUCACCUGCAGAUUCGCUGACCGGAAGCUGUGUUGAGGGUUCCGAUAACGAGGCGACCAAUUGUGGAUUCGCUAAUAACACCAUUGGACUUUGCACUUAUUGCGGUUCUGAGACCGACUCAUGUUGCACCAGUGCCAAUGCUACCACGGUCUGUGAAGACGUCGUUAUCCCCUCCUCGACUGCAUCUCUACAGCCAGUUGUGACAUCCAGCUCGACUGCUAGCGCCGACGCUAGUCAUGGAUUGUCUAAAGGUGAUAUUGCGGGCAUUGUGGUCGGCUCCGUUGUAGGAGCAGCCAUAUUACUUGCCCUCCUUGCUUUCCUAUUCAUCUGCCGCCGACGCCGCCGCCGUAGGUCGCAGGGUGACGCUGUUAGUCUGAAUCAACCUAACCCACAAAGAAAAGGGGUUACACCACCCAUGCAGCAAGUGGAUAGCCCGACAUCAGCAACCUUUAAUCCGGUUCCAGGGGGCCGUGUCGCGCGUAUGUCUGCUUUGCGUGAAAUGCCCAGCUCCUCUCCAGCUCAUUCACGUACAUCCGGCGCAAUGUUUGCAGCAAAAUACAGUGACACAUCGGACUCGGAAGGGAUGGGAGCUAGUCCGGGAGCCAUGUCCAAGAGAAUUCCCCCCGUGACCGGAAAGCGCCAUGGCUCGCUUUCAAGUAGCUCUGCUCUGGCUGGACUGGACAGUGACAGCUCACCGCGCUCUGGCACCAUUGGUCAAUAUUCAUCCCCCGAAGGAGUUACCAGUGGCCAAUCUGAGCAAUUGUCAUAUUUCCGCGACUAUUACUCGCAGGAUGAGAUCCAUGCCGGUGAUCAGGUUGCUGUUCUCUGGGCAUAUUCACCUCGGGCAGGUGAUGAAUUCGAACUGGAUCGGGGUGAGAUGUUGAAGGUGAUCGGCAUCUGGGACGAUGGCUGGGCCACGGGUGUGCGCAUUCAAGACCGCGCCGAGGAUUAUGAUAGUCGUCACCGUGAACAACGUGACAGUGGUGUUUCUAGUGGUUCGCAUCGGCGAGGUCCAUCACCAACACCUUCGGGCGAGAUCAAGGCUUUCCCCUUGGUCUGCAUCUGUCUUCCGCAGCACUGGCACAAGAUUAUUGAUGGCAGUUUGCAAGAGGAAGAAGAAGAGUUUUAA